AUGUUUGUGAACUUGAUUAACAAGUUAAUUUCUACUUCAGCUAAGAAACCACCGCAAUCAAUUGCUCGCACAGUUUCUACUACUACCGCUAUGUCCCCUGCUCCUUUACAACCAAUUUUUGAUAAAUUGUUUCCAAAAGUGGAAGAAUUGAAACCUGAUUUCAUCAAUGUUUUGAAACAAGCUGUUGAAAUCCCUGCUGUUUCAGGUGAUGAAUCUUUAAGACCUAUGGUAGUGAAGAAGGCUAAAUUUCUAGCCUCUCAAUUAGAAUCUCUAGGAUUUCAUGAUAUUCAAUUGAAAGAGUUAGGUACUCAACCUCCUCCAGUUAAUGAUUCUAAUUUACAACUACCUCCAGUAGUUUUAUCUCGUUAUGGAUCUGAUCCAGCUAAGAAGACCGUUUUGGUUUAUGGUCAUUACGACGUUCAACCUGCUCAACGUGAAGAUGGUUGGGAUACUGAACCAUUUGAAUUGGUUGUUGAUGAAGCCACUCAAACUUUGAGAGGUAGAGGUUCCACCGAUGAUACCGGCCCAUUAACUGGUUGGUUACACGUUGUUAGAGCUCAUAAAGAAGCUGGUAUUGAAUUCCCAGUUAAUUUAAUUACUUGUUUUGAAGGGAUGGAAGAAUCUGGAUCUUUAGGUCUUGAAGAAUUAAUCGCCAAGGAAGCCAAGCAAUAUUUCAAAGGUGUUGAUGCUGUAUGUAUUAGUGAUAACUAUUGGUUAGGUACAAAGAAACCUGUAUUGACUUAUGGUUUAAGAGGUUGUAAUUAUUAUCAAGUUGUAGUCUCAGGACCAAAAGCUGAUUUACAUUCUGGUGUAUUUGGUGGUAUUAUCGCAGAACCAAUGGUUGAUUUAAUGCAAAUUCUAUCAGGUUUAGUUGACUCUAAAGGUAAGAUUUUAAUCGAUGGUAUCGAUGAAAUGGUAGCUCCAGUCACUGAAAAGGAAAAGGAAAUUUAUGAAAAGAUUGAUUUCUCUCUUGAAGAAUUAAAUGAAGCUAGUGGUUCAAAUACUGCCUUGUAUACAUCUAAGGAAGAUAUUUUAAUGCACAGAUGGAGAUAUCCAUCUUUAUCUGUUCAUGGUGUUGAAGGUGCUUUCUACGGUCAAGGUGCAAAGACUGUUAUCCCAGCAAAAGUUAGUGGGAAAUUCUCUAUUAGAACUGUCCCAGAUAUGGAUUCUGAAAAAUUAACUAAAUUAGUUGUUGAUCAUUGUAACAAGAGUUUUGCAAAGUUAGGCUCACCAAACACUUGCCAUGCUGAAUUAAUCCAUGAUGGUGCUUACUGGGUCUCUGAUCCAUUCAAUGCUCAAUUCACUGCUGCUGCAGAAGCUACGAAGGUUGUAUACGGUAUGGAACCAGAUUUGACUAGAGAAGGUGGCUCCAUUCCAAUUACGUUAACCUUUGAACAAGAAUUGAAAACAUCUGUCUUACUUCUACCAAUGGGUCGUGGUGAUGAUGGUGCUCAUUCAAUUAAUGAAAAAUUGGAUAUUAGUAACUUUAUUAAUGGUAUUAAAUUAAUGGGUGCUUACUUACAUUUUUAUGCUCAAUCUCCAGAAAACUAA